CCCAGCCGAGCGGAGCGGAGCCGGGUAGCGGCGGCGAGCGGUGCUCCGUGCCAUCCGCUGCCGGGCCGCGGCGGCCGCGCUCCGGGUCGCCAGCCGGAGUCGGCGAGAAGGAGGGAGGGAGGGAGAACGGACGCCCGCCGCCCAGCCGCGCUGCUGCCGGGCACCGCUUUCUGCGGAGGACUGCGCGGGAGAUCCGCGAGACGGAGGCUGUCCGCCGCCCCGACAUGGCGAUCGCAAGGCAAGUGCUUUGUCUCUCUGCUUUCCUCUCCCUGCCGCACGCUCGCUCCGAGCCCAUCCGCUACUCCGUAGCCGAGGAGGGGGAGAGCGGCUCCGUGGUAGCGAACGUGGCGGAGGACGCGGGGCUGGCCCCGGCGCAGCUCUCGGCUCGCCGCGCCCGCCUGGCCUCGGAGGACGGCCGGCAGCACUUUCGCUUAGACCGCGGCACCGGCCGCCUCGUCGUGGCCGAGAGGCUGGACCGGGAGCAGCUGUGCGGGCAGUCCGGGACGUGCACGCUCCCCUUCGAGCUCCUGCUGGCAAACCCCCUGCAGUUCUUUCGGGUCGAGGUGACCGUGGAGGACAUCAAUGACCAUUCGCCCGUUUUCCCCGAGCAACAGGUCACUUUUAAGAUCCUGGAAACUAGUAACCCAGGCUUGCGUUUCCCGCUGGAGGGGGCUCGGGACCUGGAUAUUGGCAGCAACAGCAUCCAGGCUUACAGCAUCGCUCCCGAGAACGAGUACUUUAGUGUCUCCUUUGGGAGUCGGAGUAAGGGCAAGAAGUACGUGGAACUGGUCUUGGAGAAGCCACUAGACAGAGAGGAGCAGGCAGAUUUGAGCUUCAGUCUCAUUGCCAUGGACGGGGGUAUGCCACCCAGGAGCGGGACCACCCAAGUCCACAUUGUUGUUCUAGAUGUAAAUGACAAUGUUCCCAUCUUCACAGAAGAUGUGUACAUUGGCCAGGUAUUGGAAAAUGCUCCGGAGGGCUCUGUGGUUGUCAAGGUGGUGGCAUCCGAUCUGGAUGCGGGACCUAACGGGGCCAUCUCCUAUCAAUUCAGCCAAGCGGUGGGCCAGAGCCCCUCAGCAUUUGUCAUUGACCCUGUGAGCGGUGAAAUUAGACUCACAAAGCCUCUGGACUUUGAGGUGGCAGAGAAUCACGAGCUCAGCGUGCGGGCCACGGACGGCGGGGGCCUCUCGGCAAUCUGCAAGGUGUUGGUGGAGGUGGUGGAUGUGAAUGACAACGCGCCGGAGCUGGUGGUCAGUUCCUUCAGCAGCCCCCUCCCCGAGAGCGCAUCACCCGGGACGGUGGUCGCCCUCUUCACGGUCAGGGACCGGGAUGCUGGUGCCAACGGGAAGAUCACCUGUGCCCUGGAAGACCAGCUGUCGUUCUCCCUGCGACCAGCCUACAAGAAUUACUAUGAGCUGGUGACCGUGAGCGCGCUGGACCGGGAGGAGACGGCGCGGUACAUCCUCACUGUCACAGCAGCAGACGCGGGGUCACCUCCUCUCACGACCACCCAGACCUUCACGGUGGACAUCUCCGAUGUGAACGACAACGCGCCUGUCUUCAACCAGACUUCGUACACCAUGUACGUGCGUGAGAACAAUGUGCCCACGGCGCUCGUUGGAGCCGUCAGCGCCUCGGAUGCCGACGUGGGGCCCAAUGCCAAGGUGACCUAUUCCCUGGCCCCAGCGCACCCAGCAGAGCGGCCUCCCUGCUCCUGUAUCUCUGUGAACUCUGAGAACGGGCACGUGUUUGUGCUGCGGCCCCUGGACUACGAGCAUGUGAGGCAGAUCGAGGUCUCAGUGAGCGCCUCUGACGCGGGGUCGCCUCGCCUUAGCGCCAACGUGACCGUCCGCCUUGUCGUGGUGGACGAGAAUGACAAUGCGCCUCUGGUGCUGCACCCCGCCCAGGACAGCAGCCCACCGUCCAGCGAGCUGGUGCCCAUUUCGGCUGAGGCGGGGUACCUUGUCACCAAAGUGGUGGCUGUUGAUGCCGACUCGGGGCAGAACUCGUGGCUCUCGUACCACUUGCUGAAGGCCAGCGACCCCGGGCUGUUUGCGGUGGGUGCCCAAAGCGGGGAGGUGCGGCUGAGGAGGCCAGUGACGGAGAGAGACGCCGUGAAGCAGAAGCUCGUCAUCCUGGUGCGAGACAACGGGCGGCCACCGCUGUCAGCCACUGCGGCACUGAGCGCGCUCCUGCUCAGUGACUUCUCGGAGGUGCGCCUACCACAGAGCAGCCUGGCCACGGAGGACGAGGGCAGCUCCCUGACCACCUAUUUAAUCAUUUCAUUGGUCUUUGUCUCGGUCCUCUUCCUCGCGUCCACGGUCGCCUUCGUCGCUCAUAAGGUGUGCAAGAGAAAGGAGCUGAAGGGUGGGCAUGUGCUUUACGGCACCGGCAACUUGCAGAGCAGCCUGGCCGAGGCGGCCAAUGCGGGGACCCUGCCCCACGCCUAUUGCUACGAGGUCAGCCUCACAACAGGCUCGGGCAACAGCGAGUUCAAGUUCCUCAAGCCCAUCCUCCCCAGCCUGCCACCUCAGCACUGUGCCAGGGGCAGGGGUGCUGACGAUGAACAGGAUUUGCCCCGGGGCCCUAUCACCAUGGAGGACAUGGCACCAGACAACCCAGGGACGCUCUCUGCCGAACCAUUCAACAGUCUUUCCUUUACCUACUCUGUUACAGCCAUUUCUGAAAUGCUUCAAGAGUGGGUACUGUUUAGUAGCUUUGUCAGCGACACAGACAGUGGGAUCGAGUGCUCCCUCAGCACAUUUGCAGAUGGUGUCAGGCUGAGUGGUACGCCUGAGAGAGGGGAUGCCAUUGAGAAGGACCUGGACAAGCUUGAGAAGUGGGCCCAUGCAAAAUUCAUGAGGUUCAAGAAGGCCAAGUGCAAGAGAGCGAGUCCUGCUGAGGGUGCAGGCGAGACGGGCGCGCUGUACGCGCUGCGCUCCUUCGCCUACGAGGAGGUGCGCGAGGUGGGGCUGUGGGUGCGGGCGGAGGACGGCGGGGCGCCGGCGCUGAGCAGCAACGUGUCGGUGCGGCUCGUGAUCGUGGACGAGAACGACAACGCGCCGCAGGUGCUGUACCCGCCGCCGGCGCCGGGCGCGGGCUGGGCGGGCGCGGAGCUGGCGCCGCGCUCGGCCGAGCCCGGGGCGCUGGUGGCCAAGGUGGUGGCGGUGGACGCGGACGCGGGGCAGAACGCGUGGCUGUCGUACGAGCUGGCCAAGGCGCCGGAGCCGGGGCUGUUCCGCGUGGGGCUGCACAGCGGCGAGGUGCGCACGGCGCGGGCCCUGUCCGAGAGGGACGCGCCCCGGCAGAGCCUCGUCGUGCUGGUGCGAGAGCGCGGGCAGCCGCCGCGCUCCGCCACCGCCACCCUCGGCAUCGCCCCGGUGGACGGCUUCUCCGACGUAUUCCGGCAGCUCAACCACCGCUCCUGCGGGGAGGCAAGGAGCGAGAACCGCUGUGCAGCUCGCGGCCGGCUGGCUGGGAUUCCCGAGUCGGUGUAG